AUGUAUAGAAUUACAAAUAUUUACGUCCUAGCGGCGUUUGGUACCAUUGGUGGUGCCCUUUUUGGGUUCGAUGUUAGUUCCAUGAGCGCAUGGAUUGCCACUCCGCAAUAUCUUGAUUAUUUCCACAGUCCAGACUCGAAUCUGCAAGGAGGGAUCACGGCUUCCAUGUCCGCCGGCUCAUUUGGUGGUGCUAUCGCCGCCGGUAUCAUUUCUGAUUAUCUGGGUCGGCGUCUUGCUCUUAUGCUAGCUGCAUGCAUAUGGGUUAUUGGAGCAGCAAUUCAGUGCAGUGCUCAGAAUGUGGCUCACCUGGUUGUUGGUCGAGUUGUGAGCGGUCUUGCGGUUGGCAUCACUUCGUCACAAGUAUGUGUCUAUCUUGCGGAACUCGCCCCAGCUCGCAUCAGAGGCCGGAUCGUCGGAAUGCAGCAAUGGGCAAUUGAAUGGGGUAUACUUAUCAUGUAUUUAAUUGCAUAUGGCUGUUCUGUGAGCGUCUCUGGACCUGCCGCUUUCCGAAUCGCUUGGGGAAUUCAAGGCGUCCCUGGUCUUAUCCUGCUUGUGUCACUCUUCUUCUUCCCAGAAUCGCCGCGUUGGCUGGGUUCAAAGGAGAGAUGGGAAGAAUGCCUCGGUACCCUAGCGGCACUUCAUGCUAAUGGUAACCGCAAUGAUCCUGUCGUUCAAGUAGAAUUUGAGGAAGUGCGAGAAGCGGCUCGAAUUGCUCAUGAGGCGCAUGAUGUAUCCUUCCUUUCUCUAUUUGGUCCUCGAAUUUGGAAACGAACUAUGUGUGGAAUGACUGUGCAGAUGUGGCAGCAGUUACUUGGAGGCAAUGUGGCCAUGUACUAUGUCGUCUAUAUCUUUCAGAUGGCUGGAAUGAGUGGAAACACAACUUUAUACUCUUCCGCUAUACAAUAUGUUAUUUUCCUGGUGACUACCGGCAUUAUGCUACCACGUGUGGACCGAAUAGGCCGUCGCCCAUUGCUCCUUGUGGGCUCAAUUGUGUGCAUGGCGUGUCACUUUGCCAUUGCAGGACUCAUGGCAAAUUACGGCCAUUACGUCGACGAAGUCAAUGGGAACAGUAAUCUGCGAUGGUCAAUCUUCGGUGCUCCUGCAAAAGGCGUCAUUGCCUGCUCCUAUAUUUUCGUCGGUUUCUACGGUUUGACCUGGGCACCGGGUGCAUGGAUUUACGUCUCGGAAGUCUUCCCGCUCAAAUAUCGCGCAAAAGGAGUUGGCAUAUCUGCAGCAACAAAUUGGAUCUUCAAUUUCGCCAUCGCGUAUUUCGUGGCUCCUGCUUUUACAAAUAUCCAAUGGAAGACGUACAUCAUAUUUGGAGUGUUCUGUUUCGUAAUGACCUUUCAGAUCUUUUUUACCUAUUCUGAGACGGCACGCAGGUCGCUUGAGGAAAUCGACCUCGUCUUCGACACGGAUGUGAAACCCUGGCGUACCGCUCAAGUCAAAGAUUUGUUUGAAGAAGAGAUUCAACAACAUAGGGAGCAGAAGGUUGAAGGAGAGCGUAAGGACUUUGCCGAUACCGCAAGUCAUCAUGAAAAUGUUUGA